UACAACGUAUCUUGAGCCGGCCUGUUGAAUGUAGUAGCCUGUAGUUAGCUUGCUCUCAGUUUUAUUAAAGUAAAUGAUAAUUACAUUUGAGAUAUAACUUGUUGCUUGACUAUAAGAACCUUUGAAAUAACUAAUCUACUAAAACGUAGAACUUUCCGCAAUGUUAAAAUUUAGCUUCAGGAGGGAGAAAGACAAGGAUUUUAAGCAUAUAUCUCAUGGUUUGAUCCCUGCUGCAUCCAUUGCUCCCAAACCUGCUGUGCCCCGAACCCCUCCCCCACGCAGCCCAGACCCCUCACCUGAAAGACCCAGGUCAGCCCUUGCAGCAGCCAUCUUGUCUUCUUCCCUAACUGGUCAGACAUGGGUCCUCCCUCCGGCUCGGCCGAGGUCUUUCUCUGAGACUGACAGAUCAGAGUCCUUCAUAUCUGAACCAAACAUCAGCACUGCACUGUAUACUCGAGAGAGAUGGUCAGAGGAUCUUGACAGCCGGCCACGUCUGUCUUCCCCUGACCACUCUGAAGGAGAACUGGAAGGCAAGGAAGAGGAAGAGGAGGAUGAGAAUGAGGAUAACAGAGAGGAUCAUGUCUACCAAACUCUGGACAGACAGGAACAGUGUCCAGUCAAAGAACCAGUUUAUGCCCUACCUCUAAAAACUAAGGCUGACAUACAGCAGCCAAUUGAGAUACCUGUAAGAAGAAUGCCUUCACCAGAUUUUACGGAGGAAUCCAGUGUCCAAUUUCCAAAAACUAGUCGUAAUUCCUUCAAGAAGAGAGACUCUGUAAGAAAGGGCUCUGGAAGUCAGAAAGAUGUGCCAUCCGCUGUAUCCAAUAUAGCCACACACUCUCCUAGCCAACGUAGCCAAGCCAAAGUCCUCAAACAUCCUACCCAGCUGUCUCCAAAGCCUAGCAAGUCCUACACUGCGGUGCAGAAAGAGACGGUGCGUUCCCAUCCAGAGAAGAACAGGAGAAUGGGGGAGGAACAAAGAUUACUGGAGCAGAGACUACAACACCUUGAACAAGACAUCACCCACAGCCAAGACUCCUCAAAGAUGAUGAGGUCCUCUGCAGAAAGCCAGGCAGAGCUCCAGAAUUUGAGGCGGCAUGCUCAGGAACUGGUAGAUGAAAAUGAUGCCCUCAAAAUGACAGUUCAUCGUCUGAAUGUGGAGUUGAGCCGCUACCAAGUCCGCUUCAGACCACUGUCCCCACAAGAGAGCUCCAAAAUCAGUGGUUUACCAAAGACAGGGUCACCUCCUCCAUGGCUGCUUGACCUGAAGUAUUUAUCCCCGCUGAUGUUGUCCUAUGAAGACAGGAUGAAAGAGAAGGAGGCUCUUCUGCAAACCACAGAGGAGGAGAUGAAGAGAUUGCGUGUCCAUGUUGAGGAGGUGAUCAAAGAAAAUGAGAGACUGCAUGAUGAAAUUGCAAAGAUCGGAGGGGUCAGCCAGAAGGACUGUCAACAGCUUCAAGAACAGGCAGUUCUGGUUUUGCAAGAGAACCAGGUCCUGAUUGAACAGCUCGAGGCUCAGCACGUUAAGGCCAAAGCCAACAACAGCAAAUACCACUCUGAAGUGUCCAAGAUGUCCAAGCAGCUCAUGCUGUUGGAGGCAGAAAAGCAGCGUUUAGAGGAGGAUCUGGAGGAGAGCAGGAGAGAGGCACAGAAGAACAUGAGGGAUGUAAAAGUUCUACAGACUCGGCUCAAAAAUGCUAUCACCUGGGAUGAACACUGCAACAUCACUGGGAAACUCAGACGGCAGCUGGAGCAGCAGGAGAGCAGAAAUAAGAGUGACACGGACGAGCUGCUUCUCAAGGUGUCCAAUCUACAGGAGAAGAACAGGAGCCUGACUCUGGAGAAGGCCGACCUAAGUGCCGACAUUAAAAGAAUGGAGACUGAGCUGGAGCUAUCCGAACAAACUAACAGAAAAGCUGAGAGGAAGAUGAGUGUGUUGAGGCGACAGAAGGAUGAAUCUGUGCUGAAAGAGGAAAAGACUCGGCAUUAUUUGGAAGCUGUCAUCUCUGUGGCAGAGCACAUUUCUCAGGAAAGAGACCAACUAUUACACAUGACACAGAAACUUAGCAGAUCAGUAACCCCCCGUCUUCCCUCCUACCUCCUCAGGCUUCGGUCUUCAGCAGGAAAGCAGGGAUUUAUCAAGAAGAUUCUGAACGGCACGGUUCGUUUUGGAAAACUACAGGAGGCGGUCAAAGUGUACCGGAGGCAGGCAUCAAGCAGACUGGCAGUGCUGGAGGAGGCGGCGGAGGGGAAGACAGCUUCUUACCAGAGGGAGAUCCUUCACCUGCAGAGGCUGCUAAAAGAAAGACAGGAGGCUGAAGAGAGACUACUGCAGUCCAAACGAGAAGUUGAAGAGGAAUUAGAGGUGGUGUGGCAGGCAGCUACCAGAGAGAACCAGCAAAUGAAGGACAUACUUGUAGACCCCAAGUUCAGCUUGGACCUCCAUAACUUGGUCUUCUCCUGAUGAAAACCAACACAUCUACCCAGCAUCCAUCAUACAGCUCUGGACCUCAGCUGUUCAUUUAUCAAGCUUUCUUCCAGAUGAAACCAGACAUAGAUCAUCACAGUAAGUCUUUGGAGGACAACAUAAGCAGGAGUUUGAUUCCGAUCGCUUAAACUUAACUUAGUUUUCUUGCAAGAUAAAAGCACAGAUAUUCCUCUACAUCAUAUUUAUCAAAUACUGUUAUAAUAUCUGACAUCUCUUUUCCUGGAGGCCUGUAUGAUAAGAGUUAAAGUCAAGUUAUAAACAUUGCUCACUUGUAUACACACACAAAUGUCUGUCAAAGAAAUGGGUUGCAGUAGAACAUGAAUGAUUAAACAGCGCAUCAAAUGAAUCAUGACUAAAUACACAAAAGCCAAAAAAAUCUCAGCCGUGUAUGUCUGAGAUCAAACUGGGUUGUCAGACAGUCAGUAGAGUUUUGUAAUUUUCUUUUUUUUUUUGCUUGUUUUUGAAUUUGUCUCAGGGCUUUAAAGACUUUUUUUCGGAGGAAGAGUUAACAUGCCAAGUGUAACAGAUUAUUAAGUAUAAUAUGCUAAAGAAAAUGUAGUUUUUCAUGGGGAAUUGUCUCUUAUAGAAUAUAGCCAAUGUUGCCAUCUGCUGGACCAUGAAGUGAUGAUUAUAUUAUCACAAGGCAGCACCAUUAACACUACUCACUAGACAUUUACAGUGAAAACCUCACUAUUAUCACAUCAAUCUAGCACUUUUGGACAAGAGGCAGUGUUUAUGGUGUUUAAAAGGGAUUUGCUUUUUCUAAACUAGUUUGCACAUUAAAGAAUUUAAGCUAAAAAAAAAAAAAGUGUUUAUAUAAAUCGAAACACACAAGCCAUGUGUAAUCUGGGGCUUCCUGCUGAUUUAGCUGAAUCAGUUCAUUGUGUUUACUUGUGAUUGAAUUUGCUUUAAAUGCACUAAUGUUGUGACAAUUUGGUACCGUCUAAAUAAUAAAGAAGAGAUUGUACUUGA